GUUGCUCUGUUGAGUCUCAAUAUCCCGAUUCCCGCUAUGGCUCUGCUUCACUCUUCCUCUCAAUUCUCAUCAACUGUUCGAUGGACUCGUUCUUCUCAUCGUAUCUCUGCAACUCCACGCAGCCGAUUCUGCAACGUAAGGUCCUGUCUGCCAUUGCCGAUGCAGAAUGGGAAGUAUCGGAGAGAGCUUGAAGCAGCUGUCGAUGUGGUGCAGAGAGCUUGUCGUCUAUGCGUUGAUGUGAAAUCGUCACUUCUACGGGCUGAUGGACAAGUUCUGGAAAAGAAUGAUCAGACUCCAGUUACUGUUGCCGAUUUUGGAGUUCAGGCUCUAGUUAGUUUGGAGUUGGGUACUCUAUUUCCAUCUAUUCCAUUAGUAGCUGAGGAGGACUCUACAUUUUUACGUGCAAAUAAUUUAGCACAUUCGGUGCUGACAGUAGUAACUGAGAAGUCAAGUUCCCAAAAUGAGUUGACUCAGGAUGAUGUUCUGGAAGCAAUUGACAGGGGAGCGAAUGUUGGAUUUGCUUUCGGAAGUAAGCCAGCCACAUAUUGGGUAUUGGAUCCAAUUGAUGGUACACGGGGAUUUCUUAGAGGAAAUGAUGUCCUAUAUGUGGUAGGUUUGGCUCUUGUGGUUGAAGGAGAGAUUGUAUUAGGUGUUAUGGGAUGCCCCAACUGGCACGUAGAUUUGUCUGAAGAGUCAAACUCUGAAGAUCUUGAGCGUGGAGGUGUCUGGUCCAGAUCAGGAGCCAUAAUGAUUGCUCAAGUUGGACAUGGAUCAUGGACGAGGAGGUUAUCUGAUAUGCAAAGCCCAAGUAAAAUGUUUCAUAAUUGGACUAGAUGCUUUGUUGAUGAAUGCCGUCUUGUGCAUGAGGCACGCUUCUGUAUCCCAGACAGUCAAACGUGGGAAUCGCUUCCCCCAUCAACUUCAUUACAGGCAACAACUAAUGCUGAUCACGUUGGGAAUGGUCAAAUUCUUCUUCUCCAAACAUGUUGUGGAAGUUUAUGCAAGUAUUUCAUGGUGGCUUCUGGCAGGGCAUCUGUCUUCAUUCUUCGAAAAAAAUCUCAAACUAUUAUCAAGACUUGGGAUCAUGCAGUUGGCAUGAUUUGUGUGCAUGAAGCCGGUGGGAAGGUGACUGACUGGAAAGGCAGUGACAUUGAUCUUGCUGCUGAUCAAGCUGGCCGUAGGAUUUUAUCCCCUUCUGGUGGCGUUCUUGUCACUAAUGGCCACCUACACGAUCUUAUAAUUGAGAUGACUGCGUCCACUUCAUCAAUUAUUUGAUGCUGAGACUACAUACCACCUAAAUUUGAUCCGCAUUUGGCGAGCAACACUGGAAAGGCCUUUGGGGGAAGGUAAUUACGGUAAAGUACGAAGUUUAUCUUCAAUAAUGUUAAUGGUUGACCAAUCAAACGACCACUUUUAUAAUUUCAAUCCCUUAAGUUCAAUUAUUAGGUUACCACGUCCCUGGAUCUUUAUUGCAAUUUGGUAUUAUAUUAUUGUGAACGCCGUGCACAAAAUGGUCUAGGUUACAACCCCAUUCAAAAUGUCAACUUGGGCUAUAACAUAGGCUCCAGUCUAGUUAUAGACUUACCACGGGAAAGUCAUUUUAAUCCUUUUUGGGUUCUACACCAAUACACUUUCAAAGAUCCUGUCCUUAAAAUCCGGCCACCUGGACUUGUUUGUUCCAAUGAAGACAAUUCUCGUACCCCAGCUGCACAAACUGAAGAUAUAGGGAAUUCCUCCUCUAUCAUAGGAGUUCAGGCUGGUACUUCUUGUUAUAUGGCCUUUUUCUCCCCUCCUCCCAUAUAUAGAUCAAAUAACAAGGGUUUUCAAGUCAUAUUGGUUCCAAGCUUCCAAUUAGGGGCGUAAAUAAGUCUGCACCAUUUUAGGAAAGGUUAAGCAAGAAAAUUGACGUGACUAGUUUAGAAAUUGAGUAAAAAAAUAACCAAAUCAGUCCAUUUUUUGGUAACCUAUCCAAAUUAUAACCUAUAAGGGGUCGUUUGUUUCCAGGGUUGGGGGAUGAGAUUUGAGAUGGGAAAUGAUGUGGGUUUGUAAAAAUCUGAAGGAGACGAAAACACCCACCCACCCACCCACUACUCAGUGUUCAUUGAAACUUGAAAGCUUGAAGUGCCGAAGAAACAAACUGUCAAACAAAUGUUUUCGUUAAUCUUCCAAGUGUCCAAUAUUUGCCCUCCCUCCGUUCAAUUGUAAACACACGUAGCAAUUGUUUAGAUAAAGCAAUCCCCAAAGCACAUAUUUUGGACAAGUAAUAAACCUAAUUGAUCUUUAUUAGCACCCCAAGGAUCCAAUUAAGAAGGUUAUUUAAAAAAAAAAAAAAAA